AGGUGAAGGCACUGCUCUCACCUCACCAGGCCCUGCAUCGCCCGAAAACAAGUGGAAAUUGCCCAGCAGGAGGGGGUCAAAUAAAGGUUAUUGCUCCCUGGAGGAUGCCCAAGUUCUACAACUGGUUCGAGGUCCGCAAUGACCUGAUGGAAUACGCAAAGCAACACGGGAUUCCCAUCCCAGUCACUCCCAAGAACCCAUGGAGCACGGACAAGAACCUCAUGCACAUCAGCAAUGAGACUGGAAUCUUGGAGAACCCCAAGAACCAAGCGCCUCCAGGUCUCUACAUGAAGACCCAGGACCCAGCCAAAGGCCCCAGAACCUCUGACAUUCUCGAGAUCGAGUUCAACUCCUUGGAGCUCUUCAUGUACAUGAGUGAAGACGUGGGCAAGCACGGCGUGGGCCGUAUUGACAUCAUGGAGAAUCACUUCACUGGAAUGAAGUCCCCAGGUAUCUACGAGGCCCCAGCAGGCACCAUCCUUUACCACGCUCAUUUAGACAUCGGGGCCUUCACCAUGGACUGGGAAGUAUGCAAAAUCAAAUAA